CCAAAACUUUCCACUUAGUAAAACAUGGGUUUCAGACAUUUUAUAUUAGUUUGAGUUGCAACUUUGCUGGAAAGUUCAGUCAUGUGAAACUCCGUAUUAUUGACCUAGUCAAACUACUUCACUCUAGCUAGACUAGCUCUAAUAAUAAUGUUGAUCGGUUAACCUGUAGUUUGUGUAGACAUGAGCAUGUAUGGCCAUUUAAUUGUCAUUGUAUGUGUUACUUAAUUAACCAGUAGCCACAUAAAUAAGAUAAUAAAGAGUUGGAGCUAUUUAUAGUUAAGGAUAAGCUAGGCAACGCUCGUCUACUUACAUUGCCGUCUCAUAAUGAUGUCAGUGAAGCAAGGGGCGGAUUUGCACGGAGCCCACGAGAGCAAACUCACUAGCAGCGUGUCUGAAAGAAUGAAACAUGGAUGAUGAGGUUGCCGAAAGUUGGGAGGAAGCCGCAGACAGUGGGGAAAUGGAAAGAAGAUUAGAAGAGAAGCUUAGGAUCAGCCAGAAAGAGAGGGUGUCCAGCAGCAACACUUCACAUUCGCCAUUGAAGACAGCCAUUGUGAUCCAGGAGGACUCCCUCCCCGUGGCCCCCCCGCCCCAGAUCCGCAUCCUGAAGAGGCCCUCCAGUAACGGGUCGUUAGGGUCCCCCUCAUCCCAGAACAGGCCCACGCCGCAGGUGAAGUCCUUGGCUCAGCGUGAGGCAGAGUACGCAGAGGCCAGAAAGAGAAUAUUGGGGAGUGCCUCUCCCGAAGAGUCGCCUCAAGAGAAGCCUAACACAGAAAGCUGCAGACAAGGGCGCACAAACUCUGCUCAUCCUUUAGAGGAGUCACGAUCAAACAAUCAGGCAGUCCGCCAACCAGCAGGGCCUGAUGGCACACAAGGUUUCCGCCAGCACAGAUAAGAGGGCAUGAGGCCAUAUAGCCAUGGGGGAGAGAGAGGGCUGGACAGGAAUAUCAAAUGACCCCUAGGAAAGGGGCAUUUAUAUAAAGAAAAAGGACUUCCUUCAGUGAGUACAAAUGCAUAUCCCCUUACUCCCAAGUCCCACUUUUUAAUGUUGGUGGGAUGGGAGGUGGCGUCAAAUGCAUGGAGGUACUUUGUAUACAUUUACAAAACGCAUUCUCUCUCCGCCCCGCCCACCCCUGACACUGUGAUAAAGGACAUUUUUCUGGAAAUCGGCUCACUGUGAUGAUCCCUUUAAGAAACCCCACCGAUAUCCACACCUUAACCCCAGGUAGUUCUCUACUUCUCUCUUCUCAUCUGGCAACCACAUUGCCGUGGGAAACCCAAGGGAAUGACGGGUGUUUUUGUCAUGGAUACCUUCGCAAAAAGACUACCUGUGGCAGAGAAGGAAGAGAAACCGAAGAGAGGAGUAGUGAUUGGUCCUCAGCAAAGGGAUGAAUGGAUGGAUGGCAAAUGGCAUCGUCUUGUCCUAGCAAUAAUACAGAAAUAUCACUAAAUCCCCUGCCUAUACAGCCUGGUCAAUUUUUUUUAUUUGUCAAAUGUUGUCCCACUUAGUUUUUUUUCUUUUGAUUUACAUUAUUGGUAAUAUUAUCUACUUUGCCAUUUGUUUUUAAAUUGAGGGUGGUGUGUGUUUUUUGGAAGUUUAGUUUUCUGAUCAGUUCUGUUUACGAUUUGUCUUUUUUUUUUUUAUUUAGCUUUUCUGGCGUCUUCCUUGGACUGAGUUCUAUCUAAAAGAGAAAAAUAAUUUAAAAAAAGUGAACAAAAUUAUGAAUUGACACGAGAUUGCGGAUUUCAAUCCAUUUUAAGCAGUUUUCUGCCUUUUUGUAUGACAUAGGUAGUAAUGUCGGAGCAGUAUUUUAAUCCAAAUAAACUACAACCCUUCAACUUUUAAAUCAUGCUGUAAAUAUUGGUUGAUUUGAACGCGAUCUUUUCAGAUUGUACUGGCAGGAAAUGGCAGGUUGGGCCAAAUAGGGAAUGAGUUAACUGCUGUACCUUUUCGGAUGCUUGUAAACCAUCAUUCACUGUCAGCUGUGUUCAUUUCUUAAUGUUCUUCACUGAAGUAGGAACUCAGGUGCUUGUGGAAGAGACCGAAUGAGGUGUUCUAUGAUUGUAAAGUCGUAGGGAUUGAUUAAGUGUGUAGAGCCCAUUGGCGCAUGCCAACUACUGCACAAACUACAAUCGAGUGAGUUUGUGUUUGUAAAAACAAGAGUCAAGGUAUACCAAAAUUCCUCCCUGUGAAAAGUAGAGAUUUAAUUUACAAAUGAUUUGGAAUUGGUAUUUCACUGGAAGUAAUAGCGUUUUGUACCUUUUUAAAUCAAACCAUGUUUCCUGUAAACAUGCUCUGACUCUGGAGGGUAUUGGGCAAGGGAAGACAUCCCCAUGUCAGUAUCUGAAACAGAUACUGUAAUGCUGUUCAAUGUGUGAACGUGUGUGGGGGGGGGGGGGGUCACAUGCCCCUUGAGUUUGUACCCAAAUGUUCCAAGAAUGCAUGAUGUUUGGUAUGAAAGAAAGCAAUGGAUGCCAGUCCAAGUCUAUCAGGUGGUUAGAUUCUCUGCUUGUAAUCCCACCACUAUACCCAUGGUAUACUAUUGUGAAGAGGUUGGAACACCACUCCCUUGGGUCUUGUUUAGUCUGAAGUCUCUGGGUCAUUCAGCUGGGAUAUUACUUGACACUCAAAAUACUAAAGCAAUGUGUUUAACACGGUCCAGAAUAGGUUUCAUAAUCUGACCUAGGGUAAUGUUAAUCAAGCAUCUAUUUUUCAUUUGGAGUGUUCAAUAACAUUUUACCCUGAAUAUUCAUAGUUUUUCUCAGUGUGAUGUCACAAUAAGCCUCGAUGUGGUCAUGGGUUAGCCAUAACUGACCUGUUAAGGCAUGCACAGUGUAUCAAAAUGCUUUGAAAUAGAAACUGAAAGUCUUGUUUUAAAUUGGCUCAAUUCAGGUAGUGCCUCCUUUUUCGUGCCUAAGGAUGACCUGUUUUCUAUGAGUGAAAAAACUAUGAAUACUUCAUGGGGAGUCCUCAAAUACUGUAAAGAGACUUCUUGUAGUCCUCUCAGUAAUGACAAACACAGCCAGCUGGGAGGCAGGGAAAAGAUCUACGGGGUUUGAUGUGCCCUGAGCGAGAACCUAAAAAAACUGCCUGUAAAUACUGAUUUAAUAAAAUGAUUUGUAAAACACA